AUGGCCGCUGCGGCCGGGGACGGCGCGGUGAAGCCGCUGCAGAGCGCUAUGAAGCUGGCCAACGGGGCCAUCGAGCUGGACAGCGGCAACCGACCUCGGGAAGCAUAUACAGAGUACCUGAGGAGCAUCCACUACAUUGCCCAGGUGCUGCUGGAAGAAGCAGAAACAACCAGAGAAAUUGGGGAAACAGUGCCCCCAGAAACCUCAAAGAUGUUGAAGCUGGCCGGGCAAUGUUUGGAGCGAGCCCAGACAACUGCUGCCAAACUAGGGAAACCAUGUUUGAAGCCAGCCAAGCCUGUGACUGCCACGGUUCCCUCACCAGCCAGCCGACACCGCCGGGUGUAUUCAGAUGAAGGGGGCAAGCUCUCUCCUUUUCUACCCCCCGAGAUCUUUCAGAAGCUUCAGAUGGUGGAGUCGCAAAACUCUAAGAAGGAGCUGACGCCCCUGGAGGAGGCCUCCCUACAGAACCAGAAGCUGAAGGCUGCCUAUGAGGCCCGCGUGGCCCGUCUGGACCCCAGCCAGGCUGUGCAGAAGACGUCCCUGACCCUGUCCCUGCAGCGCCAGAUGAUGGAGAACCUGGUGAUCGCCAAAGCUCGGGAAGAGACACUCCAGAGGAAGAUGGAAGAGCGCCGGCUGCGACUACAGGAGGCUGCCAACAGGAGGUUCUGCAGCCAGGUCGCCUUGAGCCAGGAGGAACGGGAGCAGAGGGCCCUCUAUGCUGCUAUCCUUGAGUACGAGCAGGACCAUGACUGGCCAAAGCUCUGGAGGGCCAAGCUCAAGAGGAGCCCCGGGGACCUGUCGCUGGUGACCAGCCUGGUCUCUCACCUCCUCAGCCUUCCCGACCACCCCAUCUCACAGCUCCUGCGGAAGCUCCAGAGUACCGUCUAUGGCACGCUGUACCCCGUAGUGAGCAGGGCUGCGCUCGGUGCCGCACCCACCCCCAGCUGCUGCUCGGCCCCCUCGGACUUUGACCGGCCAGUGGCCCCUGGGAGCCGGCGGCUCCGUGCCUCCCGGAGCCUCCACUGUGUGCUGUGCCCCCCGGAGCCCACUCCGCGGCCACAGGACUGGCCCCCCGAAAGAGGGACAGAUGGCAGCCCUGGGGGGCCUCCCUCACCCCUGGCAGAUACUACGUCCUGUCUGCGGGACAAGGAUAAUUCCUUCGAGGACCUAGAACAGUUCUUGGCUACGUCAGAGCGGUGGGGCCUAGGCCCUGGGGGGCAGGCCGAGCAGCAGAAUCCCGGAGCUAAGAGGGAGCCGUUACUGGAGCAGCUGAAGGCCACCGUGAAGGACAUCCACGACGCCAUUGACAGGCUACUCUCACUGACCCUUCUGGCCUUCGAGGGCCUGAACACGACCGCCAACAAGGACCGCUGCCUGGCAUGUAUGGAGGAAGCCUUCUUCACCCCGCUGUGGGCCCCGCUGCUGGCCCUGUACAGGAACGUGCACCGAGCCCGCGAGGCAGCCCUGAGCAAGAGCAUGGAGAUCUAUAGGAACGCGGCCCCCACAGCCCUUGGCAUCCCUGCCAAGCUCGUCCCCCAGAACACUGAGAGCCAGGCAGCAGGUGCCUUCCCCUACCGUGCUGCAGUCCAGGAGCUCGGCCUGCUUGUCCUGGAGAGCUGCCCCCAGAAGAAGCUGGAGUGUAUCGUGCGAGCCCUGCGGGUCAUCUGUGCGUGUGCGGAGGACUGCUGCCGGGCCCAGGAGGCCAGGCCCCUGCCGGGCAUUGCCGCCAUUGGCGCCGAUGACCUGCUGCCCAUCCUGUCCUUUGUGGUGCUGAGGAGUGGCCUCCCCCAGCUGGUAUCCGAGUGUGCAGCACUGGAGGAAUUCAUCCAUGAGGGGUACCUGAUUGGAGAGGAGGGCUACUGCCUGACCUCACUGCAGAGUGCCUUGAGCUACGUGGAGCUGCUGCCCCAGGGAGCCCUGGGCAAGUAG